AUGAAGAUCCUCUACUUUGGCGUUGCGGCAUUCCUGUUUGCCACGGUGCACUCAGAAACCGUUGAUCGUAACGAAGUGUCGAGUGAUGCGACGACUGGAGACAACGAGUUCGUGGUCGCGAAAAAACGUGUCGUGAGCAGAGGCGUUGUGGUUGCUCCUCGACGCCGCGGUCGGCUGUAUCGUGCGCUACGUGGUGACGAGGUCGAGAGUGAAGACAUGAAGGACGCGCUUGAACAGGGUUAUGGCGACGGCGACGACGACGAUGACGGCGAUGGCGACGAUGACGACGAUGACGACGAUGGCGACGGUGACGAGAUUGUGGUUGCUCGCAAGCGUGUUGUGAGCGGCGGGGUCGUUGCUGCUCCGCGUCGUUGGCCUCGACUCUGA